AUGGCAAACGAGGUUCUGAUUCCCUUCCAAGACCAGCAGAAGCCGACCAGUCACUCACCAGUUCCUGAAGGUCUCAACUUGAUUGUCUAUGAGCAGAAGAUAGUCGACGGGUUUGACGGCAUUGCUCAAACGAGGAACACCAGAUAUUCUACAGCCACCUUUCCGGACGCCUUUACGGCUACUAGCACCGUCGACACAAUCUUCGUGUGUGCGGAAGACCAGUCGCAAAAGAAGCAGAGUUGGCCCCCAGUGGAGAUAUUGGAGGCACAAUCAUCAAGCGACAAAGUGCAUGUUUUCAACAGUCAAGAUGUCGUGCCCUCCUUCCCAUCCGAAGACUCCAAGUUACGUGCCACCAGUCUCAAUAUCCGACGUGGAGGCAACUGUCCCAACUCCCUUCAGGUCUUAGAACAAUUACUCUCGGAGCGCGACACCCUCCAGCUACAUCUGGUAUCACCCCUUCCCGCUACUGGCUCGUCCGCAACACAGCGUGUUAUAUCGUCGUUCGGUGAGCAGUCGAAUAUUGACUUCAGUCACUGCGUUUAUCGUGAGGAGAGUACGGAGGCGGCAAGCAGUUACAUCAUGCGUAGCGAGGCAUCAGGUAGUCGCACGCUUGUCAACUACAAUGACUUAUUGGAAAUGACUGAAGACGAGUUUGGCAACAUCGCACGAGGCUUCAACCCGGACCAGGAGACAUGGUGGCACUUUGAGGGCCGAAUCCCGGAUACCAUACAGAGCUGUAUCCGUCUCCUGCGUAACGUAUUACCAAAAGCGACAAUCAGUGUCGAAAUUGAGAAGCCUGGUAGAGAGGGCCUCCCUGAGCUGGCGGCACAAGCGGAUGUUGUCUUCUAUUCGCGAAGUUGGGCUGAGAGUCGAGGACACAAGACUCCGGAACAAUGCUUGAGAGUUGAAGGGCAUCAAAAGGCGUCACUGGCACUGUGUACGUGGGGUGAAGAUGGAGCAGCUGGGCUGUCUCGGUCGACAGGCGAGAGUAUUCACUGCCCUGCCCUGGAUAAAUCAGGGCGAGAUAUUUCCGUGAUCGAUGCCGUGGGAGCGGGUGACACUUUCAUAGCCGGAAUGCUGUACGGACUGAUCUGUCACCCUGACGACUGGACCAUGGGAGCGAAGCUGGGUUUCGCUGUUCGACUAGCUACGGUCAAAGUGCAGCGGGAGGGGUUCGAUGGACUCGGAAGAGACAUGCUUGGAACGGAGAUUGGAGGCGUUUGA